AUGGACCCCGCGCAGACAGGAGCUGGGGUUGAGUCGCUGUUCAGCUUUCUUGAGAACCAAGCCGCGUUGUCGUUUGCCCCUUCAGAGGCGAGUCGUGCCGUGGCUGCGGGCCAGGUUCAUGACGGGUUCAAGCCCGUGAUGGGAGCGGGGUCGGCAGCUGGCCACACGAAGGAGACGAAGAAGAAGAAGAGCACGGGCGUCUCCUGGGCAGAGCGGAUCGAGGCCGCGAUCGUGAACUCGGGUGGUCAGGCCAGCCUCAAGGCCAUCCUACACUUCAUCGAACUCCGCUUUACCGAUGUCGCCGCCGUCGGCUAUGACUGGAAGCGCACCAUCAGCUUCACUCUGCAAGGUGGCGAUCAGUUCAAGAAGGUCGGCAGCGAGUGCGGUGGCGUCUGGCAGAUGUGCCAGCCCACCGAGGAGGUACCGCCGUGGGAACUGAACAACCUGGAGCUCAAGAGGAUCAUUGAGGAAGAAGCCAAGACGAAGAAGGAAAAGCUGGACGAGGAGAAGCUCAAGCUUGACUCGCGCAAGAGCACGAGGAAGCGGCGCAGCCACAGUCCGCGCAAGCGAAGCAAAAGUCGAAGCAGAAGCCGAAGCAGCCGCCGCAGUCGUCGCAGCCGCAGUCGUAGCAGGGACCGAGAGAGGAAAAGAUCGGAGAGACGACACAAAAGCUCGAGGAGGAAUGCCGAAGAGGAGAAGCGGGUGAAGAGGCGCAAGUCUGAAGACGGCCACAGCACUUUGAAGGACAGAACGAAGCCGACAACCAAAGGUGCUGGUGAGAUCGAACCCUUUGAGGACUUCCAGGCCGCUCUGCGGGCCAAGCUAGAAGCGCAGGCCCAGCAGGACAUGGCGUCUGCUGUCCAGGGCCGAGGAGAGCCCCUUGGGCCGAUCGACAUCUCGGCGGGCGGAAUCGGUAAGACGGAAGGGAACGAAGAACACAAGACCGAGCCUACCAGUACCAGCGAAAAGGUGGAAGAGGAAGGAGAAGCGGUGAUUAAGUCCAAGGAGGAGGAGAUCCUGGAACUCUACCUCAAGCAACACCAACAGGACAAACAGAUGAUGGCGCAUGAGGCCAACAGCUACGACUACUCGAGUACGUACGGGUACUACAGCGGCUACAGCGGCUACACAACCGAUCCAGCCGCCUGGGAGCAGUACCAGGCGCAGUACGCCCAGUGGACGGCCUACUACACGAGCAUGGGCGCGGUGAUGACGACGCCAAUGACCAUGAUGGAAGAAGGGGGCGAUGACCUUGGCGAGGAGGGCGGCAAGAAGAAGGGCGGCAAGAAGCCCACGCCCGAGUUUUGGAAGGCCUACAAGGAGAAGAAGAGGAGGAAGAAGGCCGCCACCAGGUUCAACCUCAAAGGCUAG